GGGGUUUCCUGGAACAGAGAGAUAGUUAGAGAGAGAGAGAGAAAGAGAUGGGGAAAAGAGAGGGAGAGGAGCAGAGAUAAAGCUGAAGGUGACGGGGGAACCAGGGGUCUGGGAUGCUUCAACUUUACUGAGGCAAGCUGGUUUCUAUACGUCGCUGCAGAGCCGACACUUAAAGUGAGAGGCCUGAAGCCUUUGACAGCUGCCAAACCAGUUUGUAUUCUGUGUCAGCAUCCAGCUGGCUGAUGGCUGUUCCUGCUGAGGUGUGAGGAAGUGGAGAACCUCCAUCUAUACUGUGCAUACAAGGACAUCCUGCUGUUAUGGGAAGCCACUGUCUUGGCGCCAACUGAUAUUCCUCUCUAGAGAGACUCCUCGUCCGCCCCGGAUUGUUAAAAUCAUUUAAUGUCCUGUGAUGUCUCUUGGUUGAAGGGUGAAACGAUGAUCCUGUUGCUAAAGUGAGGUGCACUCCAAGAAGAUACAUUACUCGCUGAAGAUUUGUGGUGGCCAUAUUGUCGCUAUUUUGGGAGUAAAAAACACCAGCACUCCAAAGCUCAACAUCAUUCAGAGCUAUGCCCUGUCCAUCUCUUCCCUCGUUGCCAUACCUUGCUCCCCGUUUGGUCUUUUUUGUUGGACUGCUGCUUCUCGUCCAUUGGGGGCCCUCAGAGGUCAACUGCCAGAAUGACACAGAACCGAUCGUGUUGGAGGGGAAGUGUCUGGUGGUGUGCGACUCCACCCCCUCAGCUGAGCCAUCGGGUAACGCUCUGGGCAUGUCGGUGAGGUCGGGAACCGGACGGGUGGCAUUCUCAGCCAUCCGCAACACCAAUCAUGAACCCUCGGAAAUGAGCAACCGCACCAUGACCAUCUACUUCGACCAGAUCUUAGUAAAUGUUGGCAGCCAUUUUGAUCCAGCAAGGAGUAUCUUUGUGGCCCCCAGAAAAGGAGUCUACAGUUUCAGCUUUCAUGUGGUCAAAGUUUACAACCGGCAGACAAUACAAGUGAGUUUGGUUCUCAACGGCUGGCCUGUGAUCUCAGCCUUUGCAGGUGACCAGGACGUGACCAGGGAAGCCGCCACCAACGCUGGGCUGGUGAUGAUGGAGAGAGGAGACAAGGCUUACCUCAAACUGGAGAGGGGGAACCUGAUGGGAGGGUGGAAGUAUUCCACUUUCUCCGGGUUUCUGGUGUUCCCCUUGUAGGGUGGGCUGAGGUAGGAUGGAAGAUGAUUUUCCUGUCAUAGCCAAGGGUGAGUUGGGGAGGGCAUGGGGUAUAAAAUAAAGAUUGUUUCAGGGCAAGUGUUGCUUUAAAGCCCUUGAUGCAGAGGAGGCAUCAGUGGAUACUGAUUGAGGUCCACGCCGAAGUUGGAAGCGACAGUAAACUGCUUUGAUGCAUCGUCAUACGUAUCAGAUGAGUGGGUGAAUUCACUUUGCACCAAAUAAUCCUGAAUGUAAUUUACAUUUCCAUUGCACUUAAGGCUUAUUGUCUGUUGUCCGAUUACUGUAACGUGUCGUAUACGCUUGCUCACACCGGGUUUAUGAUUUUUCUUUAAUGCAUGAAAUCUGUGGCAAACAUUUGUGGCAAUAAAGAAAAUUACUGUGCCCAA